GCAGGCGCUGUUUUUACAGUACUCCACUGCUUUUCGUUUUAACUUGCUCGGAAACUCCGUUUUCUUCCAUCUCAGAAGUCAAAGAUUAGAGCUUAACUGGCAGCCGUUGCACAAUGAAUGCGCAUUCAACAGCCGUUGCCAUCAUAGAUAUGGAACUGGAUUUCGACGAGGAUGAGGAUGGGCACGGAGACGUCGAUUCGGCGGAGGUGGGUCGGAGUGGGGAUGUUCGGGCGAUGGUGCGGCGCCUACAGACGGAUCACGUGAGGAUUCGGCAGCAGCUGACGCUCCUUCAGCGCCGCCUGGUGACUCUGCAGUUGGACAGGCAGAGACGCCUCUACGAGUGCAGGGAGCGGGUGCAGCGACUACUGCUAGAUUUGCAGGCGAGAUACGGACGCAAUUGGGGCCUGUAGCUGGGAAUUCGGGCACCAACACCUCAAUAUACGGAGUUGAUGUGACGAACGGCCCCAAAUACAAACGUCGUGUCAGGGUGGUGACGGAA